AUGACGACUUCUUGGCGCGACUACCUGCCGGAGGGCACAAAAAGGAAGGACUUUAAGAUCUUUCUGGCCGGGAUCAUCCUCGAGCAGCUGCUGUGUGCUCUGUUUACUUUCUACAUGUCGGCUGUCGUUUCGUUGGUGGUGCUUUUGCUGGAUGCUUUUGCUGGAUGCUUUUGCUGGAUGCUUUUGCUGGCGCUGCUGAGGGUGCUGAUGGUGCUGAGGGUAUCGGUGAUGCUGAGGGUAUCGGUGAUGCUGAUGGUAUCGGUGAUGCUGAGGGUAUCGGUGAUGCUGAAGACCGGAAUCUGGACCAUGCCCACCGCAUUCGCCAUCCUGUGGGUAUUUGCACUGGCCAGCUAUAUCAAGACAUUCCUGACGGAUCCGGGGUAUCUGCCCAAGAACAUCCACCCACAUCCGGAGAUGGCCUACUACGUCAUGCCGGAAACCACGGCCGAUCCCGGCAUCGCGGCUGGCCUGGCCGACCCCUCGACUCUUCCCCAAGGCUAUCCGUUUAUCAGCGUUCCUGGUCCGGCGACCCAGGUCCCCUACAUCGAGUCGAGGCAGAUCACCGUCAACGGGAUGCCUGUCAAGAUCAAGUUCUGUCCAAGUUGCAACAUCUGGCGGCCCCCGCGGUGCUCGCACUGUAGCUCCUGCAACCGGUGUGUGCAAGUGCACGACCAUCACUGUCCCUGGACCGGCAACUGCAUUGGCAAACGCAACUACAGAUACUUUUACGUCUUUCUGUUCGCGACCAUGGCCCUGGCGCUCUACGUAUUUGGAUUCACGGUCGCAAGCAUCGCCUACGAUCGACCCAUAGACCACGAGUCAUCAACCAGCAUCAUCAUAUAUCUUUUUGUGGCGCAUCAGGGAGUCUGCGUCCUGACCUUCUUUGUUGCCCUGUCGCUCACGGGCAUGUUUCUGUAUCAUACCAAGCUUGUUGCUGAGAACCAAACCACCCACGAGCAGCUCAAAGCUCGACAGUGGGCAUCCCAAGAGGACCGGCCCUUCAACAACAGUCAGCUGCCUCAUCCGUUCCACCACGGCAGCAUAUGGAAAAACGUGACAUUUGCGCUGUUCCGUCCCCAGCCGCCUGCCUAUAGCCAAGAAUGUAGCUAUGACCAGGAAGCUGCCCGCACGGCAGAGCCUCAUCAAGCCCUUGAUAACAGCCAGUCAGCUGCCCCUCGCCUGCUCGAAUCGCCCUCGAACAUUUUCGAGCCCCAAAUCACCCAGCCUGAGCGUGUGCAAGUCAAGGACGACGAGCACACCGAAGUUGUUCGCUCUGGCUCAACAGCGGCUAUCGAGCUCCACAUCCGGCCCAACAGCCAGAUCGGAGUGUACGAAUCGCCGUUCUCGCUCCUGCCGGGAUCUGCGGAUACCAAGGCAGAGUAG